AUGACAAGCCACGGUAAUAUCAUUACAUCAGUAAUACUUAGUCUGUCAUGUUUAAUACUAAAUGGGUAUACACGAAUACCUAGUUUUAUUCUUGAUAAGUACAGAAAUUAA